CAAUUGAAUCCUCCAUUAAUUCGAAGGAUCUCAAGUCACGAACAUGAACUUACUCCUGUGUUUCGUGAUCGUUGGCUUGGCUCAAGGUGCCGAAAUCGAAUUGGAUAACGGCGUCCUGGUUCUAACCCAAGGCAACUUUGAUGAUGCCAUCAAAGAAAACGAGCUCAUUUUGGUGGAGUUUUACGCUCCUUGGUGUGGCCAUUGCAAGUCUUUAGCGCCAGAAUAUGAAAAGGCUGCAAAGUCGUUGAGCGAGUCGGAAUCGCCAAUUAAAUUGGCGAAAGUGGACGCAACAAUCGAAAAGGAACUGGGCACGAGAUUUGGCGUUCAAGGUUAUCCCACGUUAAAGUUCUUCAAAAAUGGAUCACCCAAAGAUUUCAAUGGACCACGUGAUGCUGAGGGUAUCGUUUCUUGGCUCAAUAAGAAAAUGGGACCUCCAGCCAAGGAAAUCACCACAGUGGAGGAGGCCAAAGCUGUCACUGACAAAAAUAAUAUAGUUGUCAUUGGUUUCUUCAAGAAACAAGAGGCUGAAGAAGCCAAAGAGUUCCUCAAAACAGCUGAUGAUGAUGAUGAAACGACGUAUCUCAUCACAUCGGAAACAAAAGUUUGGGAUGAUUACAAGGUCAAAAAGGAUUCGAUUGUGAUUAUCAAGAAAUUUGAUGAAGGAAAAACCACUUAUGAGGGAAAGAUCAAGUCAGAGGACAUCAAAAAAUGGGUGGCUGUUGAAUCUUUACCUCUGAUCAGUGAAUUUGUCCAAGACCAGCUUAAUAAGAUCUUUGGAUCUGAAAUCAAGGUCCAUCUUUUAUUGUUGUCGCCAAAGACUGGAGAGAAUUACGAGGCCCAAAUGGCAGCCAUGAAGCCUGUGGCCAAAGCCAAUAAGGGCAAAAUCAUCUUUGUCCAUGUUGAUUCCGAGAACAAUGAAACGGCACAAGUUUUGGAGUUCUUUGGCCUCAAAAAAGAUGAUCUUCCCAAAUACGUCAUUUUAGAGUUGGAGAAGAACGCCAAAUACGUGUCUGAUAAUACAAACGUUGUCGAGAAAGAAAUUGCACAAUUUGUGUCUGAUUUCUUUGCCAACAAACUCGUUAAGACACUGAAGAGUGCCGAAAUCCCCGAAGAUUGGGACAAAGAGGCAGUCAAGGUCUUGGUUGGCAAGAACUUUAAAGAUGUUGCUUUGGAUAAAUCCAAGAACGUGUUCGUUGAAUUCUAUGCUCCUUGGUGUGGUCACUGCAAGUCUUUAGCCCCGAUUUGGGAUAAGUUGGGAGAACAUUUCAAAGACAGCAAAGAUGUCAUCAUUGCCAAAAUGGAUUCCAUCGACAAUGAGGUUGAAGAGGCUGAAGUUCAAGGUUUCCCCACCCUCAAGCUGUUCAAGAAAGAUACCAACGAAAUUGUGGACUAUGCAGGAAAGCGUGAAUUGGACGAUUUGGUGAAGUUCAUCGAAUCUGGUGGUGAGCAAACGACAGAAACGCCUCCACUUGAAGAGGGUGAACAAGAGAUUGACGACGAGGAAGAAAAGGAGGAGGAAGAGGAAGAGGAGGACGAGAACAAAAAAGAUGAAUUAUAAUGGAGAAAUUAUAAUUAUUCAUUCGUUCA